AUGGUGAAGGGACGCCAAGGAGAACGAGUCAGACUCUACGUUAGAGGAACCAUCCUCGGAUACAAAAGGUCGAAAUCGAACCAGUAUCCAAACACAUCUCUUAUUCAGAUCGAAGGAGUCAACACCACGGAGGAGGUAACAUGGUACAAGGGAAAGAGGAUGGCUUACAUCUACAAGGCUAAGACGAAGAAGAACGGUAGCCACUACCGUUGCAUCUGGGGAAAAGUAACCAGGCCUCAUGGUAAUAGUGGUGUCGUCCGCGCCAAAUUCACCUCGAACUUGCCUCCCAAGUCCAUGGGAAACAGGGUCAGAGUCUUCAUGUAUCCGAGUAACAUAUGA